AUAUUCAACUAUUUUAUAUUUCUCUGAUAUUCUAUUAUUAGUGAAUUUUGUAAUAAAAGUGCAGUUAAUUUUUGUAAAAAUUAGACGACAUAUUUUACUUAAAGUUUUAAGUGCUUGCAAUAGCAUUUUUAAGGUAGUAUAAUAAAGACCUUGAAUUCGGAAUUAUAAUUUUGUUACAAGAUUGAAAUUGUUUUUUUGUCAAACAUGAAGCUACUAGAUAUAUCUGACAUAGCCGAGUUGACACGGUCAAAUGUACAUAUUGGCAACAAACCUCUGCUGAUUGAGAAGAUCAACAAACUUAUCAGCGGUGGGCAUAAGAAGCUGCAAAUUGUGACGGACUUUGACCACACUCUCACUCGCCACAAGAUGGACGAUGGAUCUGUUGUGCUCACCAGCUUUGGUAUGUUUCGGGAAUGCCCGUCCAUUCCCCAGUACUAUAAAGAUGAAGAUACAAGGCUGUCGGGCAUCUAUAAACCUAUCGAAGCCGACCCCCACAUGAAGGUUGAAGAGAAGAUUAAGCAUAUGGUUAAUUGGUAUCAUGCGGCUCAUGACAUACUCAAAGGAGUCAAGUUGCCGCGAGAUGAACUUAUCGAAAGCGGGAAUAAGAUGAGAAAUUGCUUUAGGCUGGGAGUGAAGGACAUGCUGGCGUGGAGCUCGGAGCGCGGGGUGCCGGUGCUGGUGUUCUCGGCCGGGCUCGGCGAGAGCGUGGUGGCCGCGCUGCAGGCCUCGCAGCUGCUGCUACCCAAUGUCAAGGUGGUCUCAAAUUUCCUGUCGACAGACGAGAACGACGCCAUAAUCGGCAUAAAGGGCGAAGUGAUCCACACGUACAACAAGAACGAGGCCGCGAUCAAGGGCACGGAGUACUACGAGCUGGUGAAGGAGCGGGACAACGUCGUGCUCAUGGGGGACAACAUCGGCGACGCCGGCAUGGCCGAGGGCAUGGACCACUGCGACACGGUCAUCAAGGUCGGGUUCCUGGGCCACGGCACCGACAACCUGCCCAACUACCUCAAGCACUUCGACGUGGUGCUCGUCGACGAGCACUCCGUCGAUCUAGUCAACGCCAUUCUGAAACACCUGCUGUGAUUUUGUUAUGACGAUGAUGAGGGACUAGGGAAUGUAAGGGUCCAUUUAUCUCGCGUGCGAGUUUCGAUACUUUGUGGUAUUUGCUUGGUGUGCUGUGUGCGGUGUGUAACCUCAACACUCCGCGAUGUACCAUCGGCAACACUGUUAGCUGUACAUUUGUAAUCCUUAUUACACGGACAUAAAGUCUACCGAUGGUUAGUUAAGGGUGUUGCUGUUAGUAACAUGUAACCUCAACACUCCGCGAUGUACCAUCGGCAAUCGGCAACACUUAGCUGUACAUUUGUAAUCCUUAUUACAAGGACAUAAAGUCUACCGAUGGUUAGUUAAGGGUGUUGCUGUUAUGUUAGUAACAUGUAACCUCAACACUCCGCGAUGUACCAUCGGCAACACUGUUAGCUGUACAUUUGUAAUCCUUAUUACAAGGACAUAAAGUCUACCGAUGGUUAGUUAAGGGUGUUGCUGUUAGUAACUAAAAUCGCUAGUUCGCGCGACGUGUAAAUGGGCCCUGAUGCUGUAUUUUUUAAACACAGUUUUUGAUUAAGGCAGCAGACUUCUAUUGUUCAAAGAACUCAAGCGAGUUCCCUAGUCGAAGUAGAUAAUUGUUGCAUAUUUUAUUGUCCAUUCAUUUUUGGCGUUAUUCCCGUGUGUUCUCUAUUUGUUAUUUUGACAUUAAUUACCAUUGUAUUAGAACAAACGGGAUUAAUCUUUAUUUUGUUUUUGUUAAAAAUAUGUAAGAGAUAUUUUAUUAUCAAUUUUUGUGUACAAAUGUUGUUCCUCAUUAUAUUAGAAACAUUUCGUUUUAAUUUAUAUAAUAAUAAUAUACACUAUGAUUGAAUGUGCAGUAGGGUCAUGUACUUAGAACAUGCCUAUACUCAAACUCAUGUUAAGAUGCAUACUACCUAAUAUUUUCAUAGUGCACUGCACUAAAGAUAAAAUCGCUUUUUUGUGAUACUUGGAUAACCGAUUAGAAAUAUUUCACUCAGCAUAAGUGUGUUUGGUAUAUAUUUUAUUACAAUAAUAACAUCAUAUGUAACACACAAUGCGCAACAAUGCAGCCAAGACUCAAAUUGUGAGCAUAAAUACUACGAAAUAUCUUAAGUCUAUGUACGAAACACUUUUUUUCGAAUCUGCCGGAUUUACUUAUUGAAUAGAGACCAAAAGAUGGGGCCGGUGUUUCCUCUGUUCUAUAAUAUGAAGAAUACUGAACGUAAUUAACUAAUUAUUGAUUGUUACAUUCACCUGCCAUAACCGUCCUAAUAAUUUGGCGUUUUGGACUGCAUCAACAUUGUAGGUAUUUGUUUCACCAAACACACUCCUAUACACAGAAUGGAGAAAUGUAUUGACUUAUUUUUCUGAUCAAAUUGUCGAUAUUUUAUGGUAUUAUUAAAAAAAAAAUAGUGUAAGUUUUUGAAAAGUGUACAAAAUUUUUUGUAUGAAUUUAUGCAAGACGAUUCUAGGACAAAAAGUUUAGAACCUGUUCCGUUAUUCCUACGAGUAAAAUAUAGUUUGAUCAAUGGCUACAACCCGACAAAAAGUGGGCCACUGAGCUUACGGCAUAGUCACAAAAUAAGAUUGAUAUUUUUUUUAUGAUUAGUAUCAGUUGAUUAGGCUUGUUUUUAGGGAUCCAAAUAAUUUCCAUGUAUUAUUUUAGUAUUCAGUGUAUUCACAUUGUUGUUAUGAAGUUCACACUCCUCUCUCACUUUUCUGUGCGCUGUACCAAUUUGAUUCUUACGAGUAGAUACCCUACUAACUAUAGAAUCUCAUCGCUUUUUCUACUUACAUGAAAUAACUAAACCAUACCUAAUAACGACGGAUCACAACAUCAACUUCAUAUAAAGGUAUUUGCCCACUAGACCGUAAAAUACCGCGGAUCGCUCCGCGCGGUCGGUCCACGUGACACUAACACCAGCCUAACAUAGUAGACCUAAGAAUCAAAUUGGUUGACUGUACCGUUAUUAUUGCUCAUAGUUCUGAAGUUGUAGUAUCGAUUUAUCUUUUCACAUACGAUGCUAGUUUGUGGCUUUCAUUGAAUAAUUUCUCUUUUAUUAUAUUGAAAAUGUCUCCUGUAUGUGCCGUUCAAUUCCCAAAGGGUCCUUAUGCUUUUAGCCUCCAGGGGUUCCCCGUGUACAAUUUUUUGUAGAUUCAAAAAUUUAUUUUUAACUUUUAUUGAAUAACAAAAGGUUCCAAAUUAAAAAACAAAACUAAUGUUUCGUGUACUCACGAGGGUAGAUAAAUGAGGGUAAUUUCAUCUAAAAUUCCCACAGAAAAUAAAGCAUAAGGACCAUGCAUGGAAUACCACAUAAUAAUUGUUCAGACAUUGACUUGAAAAGUCCAAUAGUUUUGUAAUUAGCCAAAAGUCGCACAUGUAGGUUAUUAUAUAUUGAAAUUUAUCUAGUGAUAAUAGUAGAAAAAAAAUUGAUAAGACGUCUCGAGAUUAUAGAGAUAAUAUGAAACGAUGAAUAAAACAACUGGUAUAUUAAA